AUGGUGAACAUGGUGAACGUAAUUUGGUCAUUUGGUAGUUGGACGAUGAAGAAUGUAGGUGUGAAGCUUUACACCGUAGAGAUAGAGCAAGGUACACGUAUGAGAUUCUGGGUUCCAUCUGAAACUAUUUCAAAGCCCAAGUCUAAGUCCAUCAAGCCAGUAGUGGUUCUCCUCCACGGCUUCUGCGGCGAUGGACUUGCAACAUGGGCUUUGCAAAUUAUGACUUUAGUAAAAAACUAUGCCGUUUACGUACCUGACCUAAUUUUCUUUGGCGGCUCCACAACUGAUAAGCCGGACCGAUCACCGACUUUUCAAGCAGAGUGUUUGGCAAAGGGGUUAAAGAAACUUGGGGUGGAGAAAUGUGUUUUAGUUGGAUUUAGUUAUGGUGGAAUGGUGGCGUUUAAAAUGGCUGAGCUUUAUAGUGAUCUGGUUCAAGGUGUGGUUGUAACUGGCUCUGUUUUGGCUAUACAAGAGUCUUUGAUUAGUAGGGCACUGGAAGAUACUGGAUUCUCUUCUUAUUCGGAAAUGUUAUUGCCAUCUUCUAUUGAAGGAUUGAAGGCACUUCUCUCUAUUGGUGUAUACAGAAACAUUUGGUUUCCCAAUUGUCUCCUCAAUGAUUUUCUAAAGGCAAUGUUCUCAAAUAGGAAGGAGCGAAGUGAGCUAUUAGAGGCCUUAAUCAUUAGCUACAAAGAUAUCAAUGUCCCAAAAUUAUCGCAGCGAAUACAUCUUUUAUGGGGUGAGAAAGAUAAAGUUUUCAAACUAGAGAUUGCGCAAAACAUGAAAGAGAGGCUAGGAAAUAACACAACAUUUGAAGUAAUAAAGAAGGCUGGUCACUUGGCUCAUCUUGAGCGACCAUGUAUUUACAAUAGGUGCCUAAAGAAGUUUCUUUCGUCCGUUAUGCUUGAUGAAAGAAAAUAAUCUAAUUUACAUCUAUGA